ACAUGAGCUAUGUAAAUCUAAUCACAAGCAAGCCUGUCGUUGUACCUCAAGCAUUAACAAUGGAGGGUUAUUUUCAAACAAUUUUUCAAACCAAAAUGAGUAUUAAGAAAAAAUUAUUGUCGUUAUACUGCCGCAACAGACCAUCGGCUAGUCAGAAAAGAGCUAUGGUAGCAUUUGCUCCUUCCGCUGCCACCUUUGGCCUGGCUGCAGCUAUUGGAAUUGUCUACUUCACCGAUUGGCGGGUUGUCACCGAUUGGAUUCCCCUUUAUAAUAUGAAAUAUCCCAAGCCAGAGAAAAAGUAAUUCCCUCAUCAAUUUGAAAUCUUUACACAUGAACAAAAUGUAUACGGACCCUUGAAAAUCGUGCCUUACGUCGAAAAUUAACCAAAUAAACGUUUAUCCUGACUUUCAA